AUGUGUGUUGCCUGUCUGAAUGUGAGUACAGGCGCGUGUCAACAUCGUUGGUACGAGCUGGUGUCACCUUGCAACCCAGCAAGCAACCUCGCAAAUUGCCCAGAAAGGCUUCGACUCCAAGGCUGGGAAGUUCGCAAAGACACCUGCCCAUUCUGCGACGGCGAGAACCACCAUCAAUCGACACACAGGCUGUUCGGCAGUACGUCGUCUGCCAGCUCAGUCACAUCCUCGCCCACGAUAUUCGAAAUGGGCAUGACACCUGCAACGAGACGAGGAAGUCUGGCCACUCUGAACCUCAACGCAGGCCAACUCAGCCCACUAUCACGAACCAGCAGCGGAUGCAGCAUCGAAAUGGAACGCUCUCAACGAAACCGCGACAUGAACGAUCGCCUCAUGCUCUACCUCUCAUCAGACCCUCACGAAGUCCUCCCGUCGGCUAGGAAGAACUACCCAACCUACGCAGCAGCCAUCGCACGGGUGGAAAGCAAUCUCUCUGGCAAGGACGAUUCUAAUGCAUACACUCGCCUACGACGACGCAGCUCUUCGAGCUCUUUCGGCCGUGGCUGGAAACGCUUCUCUGGACGCUUCAGUCUCGGUAAUGGCAGCCUUUACAGGAUCAAUCAAUGA